CUCUGUGCGAUCGUAUAAAAAAGGCUUGGUAACAGCAUAUAGCAUCAUUCAACUUUGAACAGUCUGAACUGAAAAUACCAACAUGUACAAAUUGUUCUUCUUCGCCGCCAUCCUUGGCUUCGCUGCCGCUAAACCCGGCGCAAUAUUUAGCUAUGGAGCUCCCGUGGCCACAGUCGCUGCACCAUCAUUAGCCUACGCUGCGCCAGCAGUGGCCGCUCCAGUCGCCCUUGCCGCCCCAGCUGCCGUUGCCGCCCCAGCCGCCAUUGCUGCCCCAGCCCUCGCUUACCCUGGCUACGCUGCUGCUCCCCUCGCCUUCUCUGGAUACAAAUAUGGUCUCGGAUACGGCUACGGACUUAAUGGUUACUGGAAGAAGUAAAAAAUUGAACCCGACAAAUAAGACAAAUGACAAACGGAAUAUGCGAUAGAACUAUUUAAAAACACUGUGAUAUAAAUAAAAAUAUAUCACAAUA